CAAAGAGAAUCAUCAUCAUUGCAUCAUCAUUGUGUGAGACAGGGCAUUCUGAACAUGCCUGCCAUUUUUAAACAGCCGAGCAACUGUUCAUCGCUCACUGAAGCUGUUACAUUUCUCUUACUGUUCUAUACUUAUAGGAGAACCACCCACAACCCACGGGUUACAUUUAUUCAAAUAUUGUAUCAAAACACUCAAACUGAUCUCCAAAUCAGAUCAGAACAAUAAGAUCAUUUAACAAGUCAUCAAAUAUCAGCAUACAAAACAUGAAACUCACAUCAGACAAACAUCUGAGUCAUGAUUCAGUCAGACCUGAACACACAGACAUGAGAACACCACUGAAUAUAAACCUCCACAAAUCUGAGUCAUGAUCAGAGAAGAAGAAGCUCCUCAGUCAGUGAUCAGUGAUAGGUGUCAUCAAUGGUUCAUAACAGGAAGUUAAAAUAGUUCAUUCACUACACUUCCUUUUACAAAAUGCAAACAAACGUGCUAAAAAAAAGAACGGGGCUCAAGCUGAAGCCACAGUUUAACUCACUGUAUCCAUGGCAACAUAUUUCCUAUGUUGAAGAGGGGGGUAUCUGUGUAUUUGAUUGAGUUCAUUUGGAGCAGAUUAAUUGAGGGAGGUUGUGUUAAAGUUUGAACGACAUAUCCAUGGUUUGUACAGACUGUGUUCUCAGAUCUUUGGGUGAGCCACUCUAAAACAAAGGGGAGCUACAUGCUGUAGAGUCUAGUAGAGGUGAGUUGGUACCAUGUGGUGGAAAAUUGUUAAUAGUUGAUAGAUUAUUUGGUUUGAUAAGCAACAGUACAGUCAGUGAUUUACCAAAAGUAAUAAUAAAUGAUAAUUAAAACAACAAAGUUCCCAUGAUGCCAUCAGUAGCACAGACCAGUAACCCUCUGUCUUAUAUUCAGGAAUAAUAAAUGUGUUAAUGGAUCAGAGCUGAAGUCCUCUGAGAAGCUCCACAGAGAUCUCUAGAACCAUUUCAGGGACUCCUGGAACUGGAACCUCUUCACAGAUGGGCCAUGACCCAGAGCCGGACCAGAACCUCUGCAUGCAAACCUGUUUCUGUGAGUGAAACAUCCAGAUCCUUUGUUCAGUGAAGAUACUUGCUCUCAGCUUCUCUAAUAUCAGUGUAACUAUAAACAGAGAAACUAACAAUGAUCAACAGCUUUAAUGAAAACAAGACAAAAUCUAAACAGAAAGAAAUCUCUGGAAAAAAAGAAAUGUGUUUGAAUUUCUGUCAAAGAAUGAAAAUUGAGUGAUAAAGACAGCUCAAUGGACAAAUGAACUGACAUACAUCCAUCUGUACUACAGGGUCAGACUGAAACUAAUACUGAACAUACUUCAGAUUAUGCAUCAGUGAAGCACAGUGUAUGUUGUCACUGAACUCUUUAUCAUCAUUACUAUUACUGCCUUAUAGAUCAGAUGUGAGUUUUUGAGGAGAAAACAUUGAGAUGAUUUUGUGAUGAUGAUGAUGAUGAUGAUGAUGAUGAUGAUGAUGGUGACAGAAAUCCCUGAUGAGGGUCUCUGCAGUCAAACGCAGCUCCUGAGUCUUUUGAUAUUAACGUCUGACAUGUUCGUCAAGUGGUUUGGGGGGUGUGGCCUCAGCCUGCUCUGUGAUGUCAUCAGACCUGGCUCUCUACCUGUCUGUCUACAGUGGAGGUGUAUAAGAGCUGCUGCCCGUCCAGUCUGUUUCCCAGCAGCUCCGGAGGAUUUUCAGCUGCUGCAGCAGAGACUGAGUACAGGUAGAUCUGUUCAGGCCUCCAGCUGCUGACAGUGAAGCGCUCUCUCUCAUGUGUUGUGGUGUGGUUACAUCUACAGCCUCCUCCACUCUACUGUCCUCAUGUGUGUCUCCAUGCUGUCGCACUGACUGUCCAAAGUGAUGAUGAUGAGGUUGAAGCAACUCAGCUGUUUAUGAACAUGAUAAAACUUCUCUGUCUUUCAUCAUCAUCAUCAUCAUCAUGUCCAUCUGUUUCUUCACACAGAGAAGAUGAAGCUCAGCUGAUGUUUUUCAUGUGACUUGUUUUACAGGAAACGUUCACUCAGCUGUGAUGACUGUGGUUUACUGUGAGUGAAUCAGAGGUUUCAGUGUGAAGCUCGAAUCACUCGUGUUUCCUUUUCAGUGAUCAAUUCACAGCAAAGAUCACAGGUGUUUGUUGAGCAGCUCCUGUCUGUUCCUGCUCGUGUUGUUAGUUUGACUGUGCAGCAUUCAGAUGAUAAAAACCUCCCUGUGUUCAGCUGAUGUGUGUGAAGGAGGGAACAGGAGGAGAUCCUGCUGUUGUUCUACAGCUGUUUACAGAGGGAACCUGUAAAACCAGCUGAAGACACUGAUGUUAGAAGAGUCCAAGUGCUUUUUGUCACUGAUCUGAUCUGAAACAGAAAACACUGUUAACAGAUGUUGUUCCACAUGUGAGGACUGUCUGAGGUGUCAGUUCAGACAGAUUCCUGUUCAGCCUGAGCUUCUCUUCCUCUCUGUAUAACCUGAGUCAGUCUGUAAGUCUGUUGAAGAAGCAGUCUCUGUCAAACCCUCUGAUUCUGGACACUAGACUCUGGACACUGACUCUGGACUUUAGACUCUGGAUUCUGAUUCUGGACUUGAAAUUCUAGACUUGAGACUUUGGACUCAGACCUGAUGGAGAAUAACUCUGAGAUCGUGUUUGUGCUUCAGGGCCUGAACGACUCUGACACUAACCGUCAGAUCUACUUUGCCCUCGCACUCGUGUCCUACCUGUUCACCAUCUUCGUGAACGUGACGCUCAUCGUCACCGUGUGUCUGGAGAAGACGCUGCACGAGCCCAUCUACCUGUUCCUGUGUAACCUGUGUGUGAACGGGAUCUGCGGCGCGUCCAGCUUCUACCCGAAGCUGCUCCAUGACCUCUUGGCCGACUCCCACGUCAUCACGUACUCCGGCUGCUUAACGCAGAUAUUUGUAGUCUACAGUUAUGUGUUCUGUGAGUUCACCAGUCUGACCGUCAUGGCCUACGACCGCUACAUGGCCAUCUGUAGGCCGCUGCAGUACCGCGCUGUGAUGACGGCGCAGAGGGUGGCGCAGCUGCUGCUGCUCACCUGGGGCUUCUCGCUGCUGGAGACUGUGGUGGGCGUCAGCUUCACCGCCACGCUGCCGCUCUGCGGCCACCACAUCCGCAAGCUCUUCUGCACCAACUGGGAGGUGGUGAAGCUGUCCUGCUCCGACACCACCGUCAACAACAUCUACGGCUUCGUGCUCAUGUUCUCGCAACUGUCGCAGACCGGACUCAUCCUGGUCUCCUACGCCCACCUGGUCCGCGCCUCGCUCCGGUCGCGCUCUGACCGCAGAAAGUUCGUUCAGACGUGUUUGCCGCACCUCGUCACGCUCCUCGUCUUCACCAUCUCUCUGGUGUUUGACUCCAUGUACUCCCGCUACGGCAGCAGCAGCGCGCUGCAGGCGCUGCAGAACAUGCUGGCGGCAGAGUUCCUGGUGGUCCCGCCGCUCAUAAACCCCAUCAUCUAUGGCAUCAACCUGCAGCAGAUCCGGUCCAGGAUCCUCCAGAACUUCAGCCACAAAUCAGAGACCCUAAAACCACAUUCAUGACAAACUAAAUCCCAUUCAGACCCACAACAGAGCCAGAGUACAGCAUCAGGCCUGUCCUGGUUUUACUGUGACACUGACUCAGGUUAUUCUCACAUCAACAGCACAGUGUUCAUUCAGGCUUUGAAAAUCAUGUCUUAACAUUUAACCAACAUUAACCUGAGUGAACGAAGUCAAAUCUAUUUUUUUCACAAUAAAAGAAUUGUAGAUCUGUUUAUGUUCAGGAAGUUAAAUAAAUGAAAUUAUCAAGAUCUAUGAAACUGUUUUAAUAACUUGGUGAGAAUAUUUGGUUUGAACUCUUUCUAUUAUUUGAUUGUACACAUAUUAAUCAGUUUCUCAGUACCUUUGUAUCAUCUUGGACCAACAGUUAUUAAAGAUAUUAAAGAUAUUCAGUGUAUUGUAAAUUGUUCAGAAUGAAAACAU